AUUUUUAUGACAUUUCGUUAUUGACUGAAAUCGCUACACCUCAUAUUUUGUUUUUAUUUUCCCAAAUAGUAAAAUCAUUAUUGAAAUGAAUACAUUUUGAAAGUUCCAAGAACAGGAUUCUGAAGAUCAAUAGCUGGGAAAAUGCCAUCAAAGUCAUAUGAAUUGGAAACUCUUCCGAAGAAGAUCAUCCCAGAUUUACAAGUGAAUACAUUACCUUUUUCGAAAGCGAAUCCUGAUUACUAUGCGGAAGAUAAAGACAACAAAGAUGUACCAGAACGUGGCGUUUGGGCCAAGAGCAUACAAAGCCUUUUACUCUGCAUUUCAAUGUCAGUAGGAUUAGGAAACGUGUGGAGAUUUCCCAAUGUUGCUUACAACAAUGGUGGAGCAAUCAGAUUCAGGAUUCUCGUCAUGGACGAAGAAAGCGAUGGUCGUAAGAGCUCAGAGCUCCUGCACGGCAACGAUAACACUAAUACGGCGCCGCCAGCUGGUAUUUCUACCGCUGCCUCUUCUCAACUACGGAUAAAUACUGACAUGGAUACUACUGCUCCUCCACCUGCUUCUCCUUCAGCCAUGGAAUUAUCAAAGAGUGCCAUCCAAAUCUAUGCACUGAAAAAUCGUCACACGGACUUGCUUUUCGUUAUUCAGAGACUUCAGCGUUCUGAUAAUCCCGCCAAAGGCCUGAUGAUCAAACAGAUGACUGACGAGGGUGCCUUUCUCAUACCUUAUUUAAUAUUGCUGGUAAUAAUCGGCAGACCAUUGUAUUACCUAGAACUGAUUCUAGGUCAGUUUUCAAGUCAAGGUCCUAUUAAAUUAUGGAGAGUAGUUCCCGCUUUUAAAGGAAUUGGUUAUGCUCAAGUGAUUUCAGUCUCAUUCGUUGUUAUCUUUUACAAUUAUCUCAUGGCUCUCAGUGUUUUUUACAUAUAUUCAUCAAUGAAAGAGUGUUUACCGUGGACAUCAUGUCACAUUAAUCACACUAAUCUCACUGCUGAAUAUUUUUGGAAGAAUGAAGUUUUAGAAGAAGAUCCUAAAAACACCGAUGUUCUGACUCAUAUCAGUUGGAAACUGGCAUUAUGUCUCUUUAUUACUUGGAUUAUCGUCUAUGUUUCCGUCAUACAAGGAACGGAUUCUCUUGGGAAGAUGGCUUAUUUUACGGCUAUAUUUCCUUAUAUUGUUUUGACUGCUCUUCUGAUUGUUGCACUUCAAGGCGACGGAGCUGCGAAAGGAAUCGUAUUCUUUUUCAUGCCAGAUGUAAAAAAACUGGCUGACAUAAAGGUAUGGUACAAAGCAUGCGAGCAAUCAUUUUUCUCACUGGCAAUCGGGUAUGGCAAUAUCGUCAUGAUAGCCAGCUACAACAAAUUCAAAAAUAAUGUUUACAGGCACGCGAUCAUCAUCAGUGUCUUGGACACUUUCACCAACGUACUGGCAGGAUGUGUCAUUUUUGCUGUCCUGGGUAAUUUGGCCUAUGAAAGGGAUUUGGAUAUCUCAGAAGUUGUAAAUCAUGAAGAUCUUGGCUUAGCGUUUAUAAUUUAUCCCGAAGCACUGGCUAAUAUUAAAUUCAUUCCACAACUUUGGUCUGUGUUGUUUUUCGUAAUGCUGUUCACAUUAGGGAUUGGUAGCUCGAUGUCCCAGCUUGAGACUGUUUUAACUGUAAUUAAAGAUAAAUUUCCAGCUGUACGUGAUUUUAAAUGGAUGCUGUCCCUUGGAACUUGCACACUUUUCUUCCUUCUAGGCUUACCACUAACGACAAAUGUAGGUCAGCAUAUCUUGGUGUUAUUAAAUAAUUACGGUGUUAGUGCCGCAGUCUAUUUCUACGCAACUCUGGAAAUUAUAGGCAUUAUGUGGAUUUAUGGAAUUCGAAAUUUUUUAGUGGAUGUAAAAUUCAUGACAGGUACUACCCCUGGUAUCUUUUGGAAAAUCACGUGGGCUUUUACAGCUCCAUUAGCUCUUAUAGUGAUCUUCAUCUAUGGACACGUAGUUGAAGAAUCUGAAGAGAAAAAGAGCUUACCACUGUGGGCCGAAGCAAGCGGUUGGGCUCUGGCUGGUUUUGCUGUUUUACAAAUACCCGUGUGGGCAAUUUAUGUGAUCUAUCGGAGUCCGGGAGAAACGAUAUGGGAGAAAAUUAAAAACAGUUUGAAGGCUACAAAAGACUGGGGCCCUAGUGAUCCUGUGGACAGAGCUGGUUGGCUGGCAGUGAAGAAAGCAGUUCCAGUGUAAAACGGUACUACUGUAACAAGCAUAUCAGCAGUUUACAAUGAAUCGUUCGGAAACGAUGUUAAUUGACAUAUGCACUGAUGCUGUAAAUGCUGUAAAUGAUUCAUGCUGUAAAUGCUUCUCCAUUUCCAUAGAUAAAACUUAUGUACAUUUAGUACGUUAUUUAUUUUUAUAUAAAAAAGGAUUUUAUUUU